UCCAAAGCAAUGGCGUGGGUACCAGUGGAGUCUGCAGUGGAAGAGUUGAUGCCCCGGCUGUUGCCGGUGGAGCCCUGCGACUUGGCAGAAGGUUUCGACCCCUCGGUACCUCCGAGGACGCCUCAGGAAUACCUGAGGCGUGUCCAGAUUGAAGCUGCUCAAUGUCCAGAUGUUGUGGUAGCUCAAAUUGACCCAAAGAAAUUGAAAAGAAAGCAAAGUGUGAAUGUUUCUCUUUCAGGAUGCCAACCUGCCCCUGAAGGUUAUUCCCCAACACUUCAGUGGCAGCAGCAACAAGUAGCACAAUUUUCAACUGUUCGACAGAGUGUGAACAAACAUAGAAGUCACUGGAAAUCACAACAGUUGGAUAGUAAUGUGACUAUGCCAAAAUCUGAAGAUGAAGAAGGCUGGAAAAAAUUUUGUCUGGGUGAAAGGUUAUGUGCUGAAGGGGCUAUUGGACCAGCUGCAAAUGAAAGUCCUGGAAUUGAUUAUGUACAAAUUGGUUUUCCUCCAUUGCUUAGUAUUGUUAGCAGAAUGAAUCAGGCAACAGUAACUAGUGUCUUGGAAUAUCUGAGUAAUUGGUUUGGAGAAAGAGAUUUUACUCCAGAAUUGGGAAGAUGGCUUUAUGCCUUGUUGGCUUGCCUUGAAAAACCUUUAUUACCUGAGGCUCAUUCACUUAUUCGGCAGCUUGCAAGAAGGUGCUCUGAAGUAAGACUCCUAGUGGACAGUAAGAUGAUGAAAGAGUUCCUGCUUUGAAUUUAUUAAUCUGCUUGGUUAGCAGGUAUUUUGACCAACGUGAUUUAGCUGAUGAGCCAUCUUGAUGUAGCUGAUUUCUCAGAGACAGAAGCUAUUUCUGCUGAAGGCAGCCCUAAAUCUGACGAAGUAUAAAGCCAAUUCAAGUACAGACUGCAUCACUUCUCCCAACACUAUGUGAAAGGUCUUCAUCCUAACCUGUGCAACUCAAGUUGAUAUACAGAAUAUAGACUGAUUGAUUUGUCUGAAAUAUCUUUGGAAAAUCCCACUUGGUAUUUGAUGAACAAUUUGAAUAGUUUUCUGCGGUCACAUGAUUUAAAAUAAAUUGAAUGCCAAUUAUUGGUGAAGAAGCCUGUAUAGAAACUGUGUGAUGAAAUUUUAUAAAGGUCCUGGUGCUACUUCAUUGUUUGUUUACAUGUCUUCAUAUAAAGUUUGUUGAAAAUGUGUUUUACCAAAAUUUGUUUUACUCUUGAAAAAAGACAGUAUGUUAGAAUUAGAAAAUAAUCUAGAUUAAAUAGCAAAUGUGAGUCACCAACAGAAUCAAAUGUUUUCCCUUUAAGCUCAAUAAGUUUAUUUUAAAUGCUUUAUGGCAUAAACAACUUUUUCUAACACAUAAUUUUCAAUGAUACCCUAAGAGAUUGAGUGUUUAAUUUUUCAGACAAGUCUUGUUUGUAUCACUUAAUUUAUCUAUUUUUGUAUCAAGUAGGAAUGCUUUCUACUUUGAGUAACAGAAGGUUUAAGUGGCAAUGGUUGUUCAAAUAGGAGUUUGUUUUCCUCACAGAACAAGAAAUAUAGAGGAACUGGCCACUGGCCUUGGUUCAGUGACUCAACAAUAUCAAGGUCUCAGAUUCCUUUAGCCUUCCCUUAAUGGCAACAAGAUUGCUGUUGCAAUUUAAAGCAAUGUGUCUCUAUUCAAGGACAGAAAAAGAGGAGGAGGCACAGCCUUCCAUGUCUGAUACUUUUCUAAUAAGAAAAAUCUCACCAGACCAAUGGUACAUACCUGUAAUUGUAGCAAUUUGGGAAACUGAUGCUGGAAUGUCACAAGUCUGAGACCAGCCUCAGCAACUUGGUGAGAUCCUCCCUUUCUCCAAAAAAAAAAAAAAAAAAAAAGCCUGGGUCUAGCACUCAGGAGGCUGAGGCAGGAGGAUCCCAAGUUUGAGGCAGCCAGUCUUAGUAAUUUAGGAAGAACCUGUCACAACAUAAAGAUAAAAGGGCUGGGAUGUAGCUCCAUGGUAAAGCACCUCUGGGUUCAAUUCCCAAUACCAAAAGAAAAUAGAAAACCUUUCCCAGAAAUUUCCAUCAGAUUUGUGUUCCCUAUUGGUCAUAAGUGACUACAUGACACCCAGAGGUAAGUGGAAAAGGUAAUAAAUAUUGGGAAUAAACAUUAUUCAGGCAACUGACAGCUUGCCUCUAGUUUAAUUAAAGCUGAUUUUUAAAAAAAUUUUUUAGUUAUAGAUGGACACAAUACUUUUAUUUAUUUUGUGAUGCUGAGGUUCGAACCCAGUACCUCAGAUGUGCAAGGAAAGUACUCUACCACUAAGCCACAAUCCCAGCCCUAAAGCUGAUGAUAUUUUGUCUGGAUAUUUUCUACUGUAGUCCUCAGUUAUUGGGGUGAAGGGAGCGUGGUGGGUGGGAAGAGUACUGGGAAUUGAACACAGGGCCUGGCACAUGCUAGGCAAGCACUCUUUUUAAAAAAAUUUUUUAGUUGUAGGUAGACACAAUACCUUUAUUUUAUGUGGUGCUGAGUAUCAG